UAUAAGCACUUUUUUGCAAAACGUGGAAAAAAGAGAAAAAUUAUGACAUUAUUAAACACAAACGAAAGACAACAUCAUAAUCGCCCCGAAUUAUAUUCCGAAUUUUGGAUUGAUUUAUACACUGAAUAUGACUUUUUUCUUAUUUUUCGAAUGAAACAAUCAACAUUUCAAAAUUUACUACAAAUUAUAAUGCAACAACAAGAAAUGCAAAGAGCAUUUACUGGAGGAUUUGAAUCUGUGCUACCACAGAAGAUUCAACAAAUAGCUAUAUAUUAUUUAGCAAAUCAAAUAUCUAUGGCACAGAUUGGAGACAAAUUUAAUGUAGCAUCAUCGACUGUUUUCAAUUUAAUACAAUGGUCCACAAUGAAUCAACGAAUCAAUAUACAAAAUAAAUUCAAGGAUAUUGCAGGUUUUCCAGGUAUAACUAAAUAUAUCGCAUUAAGGUUUAAUUAA